ACCAGUUUGCUUCACAACAACUGAAGUUAGAAAAAUGAGAAUGGAAUUCAUUACCUGGUUUUUCUCAAUCACCACCCUCACAAUCUUCUGCUCUAUCACCAUUCUAGUACACAGCCAAUGCCUGGAGGAUCAAAAAUCUUUGUUGCUUCAAUUGAAGAAUAGCCUCCAGUUCGAUCCAGAUUCCUCUGUCAAGUUAGUGAAUUGGGCUGGAACCAACGAUUGUUGUCAAUGGAAUGGUGUGACUUGUGACCAUUCCGGCCGUGUUAUAGGUCUCGACCUGAACACGGAAUCAAUCUCCGGAGGUUUAAAUGACUCAAGCAGUCUUUUCGGGCUCAAGUUUCUAGAGAAGCUGAACUUGGCUAACAACAGCUUCAACUUCGCAGAAAUUCCAUCCAGUUUUGGAGUCCUCACCAAUCUAAAAUAUCUGAAUUUGUCGGACACUCAAUUUGUCGGGCAGAUUCCGGUGGAAUUCUCGCGCUUGACGAGGUUGGUGAAGCUUGAUUUGUCUAAUCACGAUGUUUUCAAUUCCUAUGGAAUCCGAAUUGAUAACCCAAAUUUAUUCACACUUUUUCGUAACCUUGGUGGGCUUACAGAGCUUUAUUUGGACGGGGUAAAUAUAUCAGCAAAUGGGUAUGAAUGGGGUCAGGCCAUUUCAUCUUCACUGCCUAACCUGCGAGUUUUGAGCAUGAGUGAUUGUUUACAUUUAGGCCCUAUCGAUUCUUCCCUUCAAAACCUUCAGUAUCUUUCAGUAAUCAAUCUGGCUCAGAACAAUCUCUCGUCUCCGGUCCCGGAUUUCUUUGCGAAUUUUCAGAACUUGACAGUUUUGAUUCUCAGGGCUGCGGAAUUGUAUGGAACGUUUCCAGACAUCAUAUUUCAGCGGGUACAAACACUAAAGACUCUGGAUUUGUCAGGUAAUAAACUACUCAAUGGUUCUUUACCUGAUUUCCCAGAGAAUGGAUCCCUUUGGAAUCUGGUGCUCAGCGACACCAGUUUCUCAGGGAAUUUACCAGAAUCUAUCGAGAAUUUAAGGGAGCUAAGAAGGAUAGAGAUUCACGGCUGUUAUUUCAGCGGACCAAUUCCGAGUUCACUUGCAAACCUUAGUCUGCUUGUUUACUUAGAUUUUUCAAACAACAAUUUUAGUGGUUCAAUACCUUCGUUUCAGGGAUCCAAGAAUCUCACUUCCAUAGACCUCUCUCGUAAUGCUCUAACAGGUCCAGUUCCUUCCAUUUACUUUGAAGGCCUUUCAAAUCUUUUAAAUAUUAAUCUCGCAUUCAAUUCCUUCCAUGGGAGUAUUCCUUCUUCUCUGUUUUCCCUUCCAUCAAUGCUAGAAAUUGACCUUUCCAACAAUCAAUUCGUUGAAAUUUCGGGGUCUCUUCCCAAUGGUUCCUUGUCUCCUUUGGUUAUACUAGAUUUGAGUAGUAACAAAAUACAAGGGCCUUUCCCCUCGUACUUCUUUGAUUUUCAAAGUCUGAAUUCCCUCUUUAUUUCUUCCAACAACUUGAGUGGCACUCUACAGCUUGAAAGUUUCCAUAGGCUUCAAAAUCUUGAAGUGCUUGAGCUUUCAUACAAUAGCUUGUCUGUCAAUGCAAGUAUUAGCGAGUCUAGCUUAUCAUCGUUUCCCCAAUUCGUAGAUUUAGCAUUGGCUUCUUGCAAGCUGCAAAAGAUCCCUCCUCUAAUGAACCAGUCGAGCUUGUUGGGUUUAGACCUUUCUGACAACCAAAUUUCUGGCGUCAUACCUAAUUGGAUUUGGAAUAUUAGUAAUGGAUAUCUAAAUCUUUCUUUUAAUCUCCUAGUGGGUUUUCAACAGGGUUUCAUUAUUCCUAUUGUUGGUUACCUUGACCUUCAUUCCAAUCAGCUCCACGGUGAAAUCCCAAUACCAACAGAAGGAGCCUAUGUGGAUUACUCAAGGAAUAAUUUCAGCUCUUCUAUCCCUGCUGAAAUUGGCAACCGCCUUCCCAAUGCUUGGUUCUUCUCUCUUUCUUAUAACAUGCUUUCUGGACCCAUCCCUCCAACAUUAUGCAAUGGGAGUCGCCUUGAGAUUCUUAAUUUGUCCAACAAUAGAUUCAGUGGCACUAUACCUCAAUGUCUGAUAGAUAAAGGGACUUCAACCCUCAGCGUAUUGAAUUUGCAGAAUAACAAUCUUACUGGUAACAUAAUGGGCACAUUCCCGAAAGGUUGCACUUUGAGGACCCUUGAGUUGAAUGGAAAUAAUUUCGAAGGGGAGGUUCCAAAUUCCCUAGCAAAUUGUGCAAAUGUGGAUGUUUUAAAUCUCGGUACCAACAAUAUAAAUGGUAAAUUCCCUUGUUUUUUGGUGAACUUAUCAGAAUUGCGCAUCUUGGUUUUACGAUCCAACAAGUUCCAUGGAAAUAUCGGCUGCCGAGGAAUUCAUAAUUACCUCUGGCCAAAGCUUCAAAUCAUUGACCUAGCUUUGAACAACUUCAGCGGUAUUCUGCCGUCAAAUUUCUUUUCGCAGAGGAAGGCAAUGAUGGAUGGGGGUAAUCGACAACCAAAUGCCACUCACUUGCGUUUUGAUUUUUCUCAAAAGAUCUACUAUGUAGAUUCAGUGACAGUUAUCAACAAAGGGUCAGAGAUGAAACUGGUGAAGAUCUUAACUAUAUUUACAAUCAUCGAUUUCUCUAACAACAGUUUCAAAGGAAAAAUACCAAACUCGGUUGGGGAUCUAAAAUCCCUCUAUGUUCUCAACCUAUCACACAACGCCCUCACUGGUUCAAUCCCAUCAUCAAUUGGAAACUUAACACAGCUUGGAUCACUUGACCUCUCGUGGAACAAGCUCGGCGGAAGGAUCCCGGUGACACUUGCACAUCUGACAUUUCUUGCAUUCCUGAAUCUAUCAUACAAUCAACUCGUUGGAAUAAUCCCAACUGGCCCCCAACUUCAAUUAUUUCCAAAUACAUCGUACCAAGGAAACAAAGGAUUAUGGGGACCUCCUUUGACUGCUAAAGAAGCAGAAUUGGCACCGCCAACAUUGAAUGGUACACAGUCAUAUUUUGAGGAGGAUGAGAUUAACUGGGUCUACAUAAUUGCUACGUUGGGAUAUACUGCAGGGUUUGGAGUUGUUGUUGUGCCACUUUUAUAUUCAAAAAGAUGGAGACAACGCUACUACAAACCUCUCGAUAGAGUUAUUGUGAGGAUUCUCCAUCAUCGAGAGCAGCGAGCAAGACAUCAAAGAGGAAGAAACAACACAAACCAGCUUCGGAGACGCCAGGCCAGCACAACUGGAGGGUUCAAUUGAGUAAAAUCAGGCGAUCACGUGGAGGGGACAAGAUCGACUUAGCAUUGGGUACUAAGUUGGCUAUCCUUGUUUUAUGUCAUCUAGUAAUUUCGGUGACUUGAAUUGGAUUAUGUUAUAAUAUGGCAUGGCAUGUUUACUUCUCUAUUUUCUGCUUUUCUAGUUGGGUUUAGCAAACCCAAUGAUUUGAAAUAAAUUGAGCUUGUACUAUUUAUUUGUCAGUGUUCUAUAAAUAAAAGAUCUGGUGGUGGAUAUAUUCAA